AUCAAGUAUAACAGGCUUGGUGGCCCAAUAUGGUAGUGGUCAGAGAUUCCGCCAUGGGAGGCGGUUGAGGCUACCUAUGAACUUGGGGAAGGAGUAAAAUGUUUUUCCAGUUGUUCAAUCUCUUUUACCUUUCUGCAAGUAAAGACUCCAAAUUUUAGCGUAAAAUCAUUGUCUUUGGAACCGAAGAGGAAACAAAACCAAAGCAGAGCAAAAUCAUAUCACCGUAAAGAUUGACCAAACUUCGCCGGAAAAAAUGGAUCAAACGGCGGAGGAGAAGAAGGUGAGAGAGAGAAUCAGAAAGAAAGUUAACGAAGUCAGUUCCGAGUCGCAGUCUCUCCUCACUCCCGUACAGGACCACAUCAAUUUCACCCUUCAGAAGGCGUACUUCAAAUGCGCAUACGAGUGCUUUGACAGGACAAGAACUCACGCUGAGAUUAGCCGAUGCGCAGAGAGUUGCAGUGUUCCAAUCACAAAUGCGCAGAACCAUUUCGAUAAUGAGAUGUCUGUGUUCCAAGAAAGGUUGAACAGGUCUCUCGUGGUUUGUCAAGACAAAUUUGAGGCUGCUAAGCUCCAGAAAACAAGAAAUGAAGCGGUAAAUAAUUUGGAGCAGUGCGUGAACCAAACUGUUGAUGAUGCUGUGAAGGCAUUGCCUAAUCUCGUCGCAAGAAUGAAGAAGUCUUUGUCAAUCAUAGACUGA